CUGUGGCCAUGAAUACAUUCUGAACAUGUGUCUGGAUGGCAUCAUUCAGUGGAUGUCUCAGACUGCAUUCAUACACGCCGAGGGGCUGGCUCUGGCUAACCAGAUAGUGCAGCGUGUGCUCGACCUCCAACAGUCGGAUGGGGGCGAGCGGAUAUCCACCAAGCAACUGAAGCCGGCCCACAUGCGCAACUAUCAUCCGGACAUUGCGAUUGCAUUUGAUCUGGCCAAUCUUGUGGAGUCGUUCGAUGCCUCCGAGAAUCAGGAUGUUUUCGCCUUUGUCGACGCCCUAAAUGUCAAGUCAAACACGGUCUUCUGCCAGCGCCUCCAUCUCUUCUUGCGCGCCCUCUUUCUGUCCCGACAACCGCCCGUUGACUGCUGGUUCAAGAUCUACUAGGUGAUUCUGCAGACCAUUAAGGUAA